AUGGCUGCGCAUACUGAGAGCGCACAGCUGGCCAGUCGGCUCGAUGGACUGGUCAUGGUCAUCCCGGACCUGCGCCGAAUGGUUAGUCACUGGCCGUCUGGGAAGAAUGUUCAUGCAGCGGUGGUUGAGAUGUUGAUCAACGACCUCCUCGAGCGAAGUGAUGCGUCUCCAAAAGAUAUGGCCAACGUCCUGGAAGCCAACCCGGCUCUCCUAGCCUCAUGCCUCUGGCCGAGCGCAACAAGAGAAAGACUUGGCACCUUGACGCUGAUGGUGCUCUGGCAAGGCAGACUCGAUGACCACAUUGAGAGCCUAGAGUACAAGAGCGCGGAAAAGGCCAAGGAUUUCCGGAACAAAGCCAAAGACUACAUUGCGCAGUAUCUCCAGCUUUCGGAGGGGCCCAAGGAGGCGUCGACGAACGUCGUCAUUGCAGGUUUCCAACCGGUCGCCAGAGUCAUUUGCCAGCAGUAUAACCAAGAUCAGCGUAGGAGACUGAGGGUCAGUUUGUUUGAGUACAUCGACUCGACCGUGCAGGAGAUGCGGUAUAUCCAGAACGGACAAGCGCCGACGACCUUGUCGUAUGAAAAGCUUCGCAAGAAGACGGGGGGCGCUGGCCCUCUGUGCGCCCUGGCAGAGUUCGCUUCUGGAUUGCAGUGGCCGUCGCACGUCGUCCACACGCAGCCGUAUAAGAUGAUAUUGGAGUCGGUUAGCAUUAUCAUUGGCCUAACGAAUGACUUGCUCUCGUUGAACAAGGAACUACAAAAAGGUCGGACACUCAACGCGGUACCGGUGCGUUACUGGAACGGCAAGGGCGGCAGUGACCUGGGGAGUGCCGUCAGAGAAGUCGUGGAGGAAAUCGACAAGGCUGUCAAGCAACUCGACGUCUGCGAGCGGAGAUUGGUCAAUCAGAGCCAGACGGACGCUGACGCGAUUCGGGGGGUGACUGCGACGCUCAAGACGAUUUGCACUGGCAAUCUGACCUGGAGUCUUGAGUCGAAGCGGUACAACGUAGGCCCUCCAGAUGCCGAUGGAAGUCUGAGGCAGGAGUUGAGGGCUCCCAGUGUAUGA